AUGCAGUACCAUCCGGUUCAACCUGCAAAAGACGAAAAUCUACCGAAAGGGGGUGCACCGGUGGACACUUUAAGAGAACCGGAUGAGUCCAACAACAGUGACCGCAACCUGGCUACGUGUCUGUCCGCUCAAGGGACUUCUAUAUACUUUCAUAAUAAUAUGUGCCCUACAAUCAUUUUGCAGGUAUCCUCUUCAAAGCCAACCAAUCUGUUAAUAACGGAGAUGGCGUCAACAUUUGACAAAUUUUUGAGUAAAUUUCAGGAAUUGGGCCGACGGGACUUGGAAGACGAUGUGUUUCCCACAACCGAUGGUGAUGCGACAGGUCUUCCCUCUUCCUACGAAAAACAGCUUAAAGCAGCGCUGGACAGAGUCGGGUUAAAUAUGGACGACUAUGAAAAUGCAAUGCAAAAUUUAAGCGAGGAGAUUUUGAUGUCGGAAAGCGUUUUUGAAGAAAAUUCCGACCAUCUCAAUGAGAAUAAAACGGAACCUCCACACGUGAAAAAGAAUAUGGAAUUGGAUGAAGGUGAUCAAUCAUUUAACUCCAGCGCCGAAGUCCCCCCUUUUCCGGUAGACCCAGUGGGACCGACCUCAGAAUCAGACAUGUGUAAUCUCCUUCUGUACGACUGUAACGCCUCAGACUCCUCAAUUUCAACAAAAGAGAACCAGAGCAUGAACUUAAGGAAUUCUUCGCGAAAAUCCUUUGGUGACAAGCGAAUUGAAGAAGCUGAAAAGAAGAAGUGGGCAUAUUACGCCGACAUAUUGGAGAAGAAGACGAGGUGGGAAGAACAUUACUGCGAGAUGACAAAAGAAACCUCCGGUACCGGAUACUGGUGGAAUGUGUGUACAGAAAAAACAGGCCCUAUGGACGGAAGACAGACAAGUGAAGCAGAGGAAGAAGUCAUUUCAUCGUCGAUGACUCGUGAACUGGAACAGCAGCUUGAAACAGAAACAAAACGUUUAGAGGAACGGAUUAGAGAGUUGGAUACAGCUCGUGCGAGGGAAGUGGAAAGACUGAAACGUAUUCAACAAAUAAAAACAGAUGUUCGUCUUUCGGGCCACUGUAGAUCUGCUGGCAUACUCCGGGGAGAUAAAGCGUCGUUACUGCAGUCCAUAUCACAACUUAGAGAUACAAGUUUGCAAAGACCAAAUACCACAGAUGGUGUUCGAACGUCGCCAUUAAGAAGCACUCUUGAAGACCACAUCGAAAGCAAAUCAUUUCUUUGCAUUCCGACCGGAGUGGAUGAUGCAGAACCAGAUUCUCCAACGUGCUGCACAAAUUCUUUCCGUUGGUUGCGGUCGUCUUUGAAUUCGGAGGCGGAUGUAGAGCAGGUGGGAACUAUGCCAGAUCUCCAGAGUGGCGGUCUUCACUGGUUUGGAAAUCACGAUAUAAAGUAUCAGAAUAUGGACUCGAACCGUUCACUCUCUUCGCAGGCCACUGAAUCAGGCAGCCCCAAAGCCGUAUCGUUACAACGAGAACACGAAUCAACAGGUCCUAGUCGGUCCCUUGACGGUUCGUCUGAACAAACUACGUCAGUGUCAAGCACUUUUAUCACUGAAUCAUUUUCAACACUGUCAGGUGAGGAGAGUUUUCGACCCCAGAAUCCUUCAACUGUUGUCGGACAGUUAGCUGUUCCAGGAAGCCUCACGCCAAAGAGAGUAGCACCUCAUUCUCCUCAUUUGCCCAUGUUAUUCACCAAGAAAGUGGACAUGCCGAUUGAAGAGAUACAUCUAUUUUCGCAUUCCGCUGUUCCGAAUCCUCCAAGUACUGUUGUAAUUUGCGGUGAUGGAAUCGGUGCGACUGACCUGCUACAAAGUGUCGACGACCAACAAGGUUUGAAGAAUACUCAACGCCUUAAAUCACAGGCCGCAUGUGUGGAAAAACAACAAGACUAUUCAGAAGUCGAAAUGAUACCAAACGACAUUCGUCCCAAAACCGCUCCACGAUUGUCCAAGGAGCAAGAAACCAUUUCGUGUGAAGCUUUCGGAUCAUCAUGGGAAAAAGCGAUGCUGUUCUCAUCGAAGUGGCCCAUUGUUGUUAGUAAAUGCACCUCGAUAUUGUCCGGUCUUCAGUGCUCGAACGGCAGUGUCCGUCUGCGAACCCAUGACGAGGAAUCACAUGUCCCUCUCUUCCUGGUCAAGCCGAUCACUCUACCUCGACCGUUACGACAUGUACUUGUCUUAUCACCUGAUCAGGUUGAUAUCAAAAUGCUCGCUCCCUGUGAUAAUCCGGACUACACAAGGAUACGUCUCGAUCUGGAUCCUUGGAUUCAAGGUUUUGAAGAACUCUCACUCAGAAUACCAAUGCCCGACGACAUUGUUUUUCAGAAAGAUAUGUCUCUACGUGCACCUGCUUUUGUUCGGUCGCACUUUGGGUCACACGAACGAUUCAAUCGGUUAUACAUAUCAAAUUCCUCAAAAGGCUUCUAUGAAUCAUCUGGUCAUCAAAAUAACGCUAGAGAAAUAAUGAAAAUCAAGGAGGAUGACAUAUUGGAGACAUCUCAGCAUAAUAAUCUGGCUGUAGACUUCCCACUCUGGAAACGGGGUGUCAGAACUCUGAACAAACUCAACGCUACUGGCACAACAAACUCCUUGGCUGCUUUAGCCAGUGGAGAGGAAGGGAAUCACAGAGCCUUACAUUCCCCUCAUAAAAACCCGGGGAAUGCGACCGAGACGGCACCGUACUGGUGCACAGCGCUAAGGUGCGUGAGCCUUGAUGAGUCAGAAGAAGCUGUGGAUGGUAACGUCCUGGACUUUACAGAACCCGGUGACUGUUCGAGUCAGGAAUGCUCAGACGGGAACAAUAGUCAUUUCGAUGCUCAUGACCAUUUUGGACUAUUGUCAACAGUCAACCGUCGAUACCGCGUUGUUCAAACUGGACAACACUUGCUUCUUCACCAAGUACAGAAUCAGAACUCAGUUGCACCGUCUAAAAAUAAACAAAGGCCCACCUCAAAAACUGCCUACUGUUAUCAUCCGACUUCCAGUGAUUCACCAAGGGAGAGAAAAGCUUUGGAUCAACAGAUGGGAGAAUCGAAAAUUGCAUCCUGUUGUGAUCACUGCACCCCAGCAGACCAUAUGCUUGUUGCUCUGAGACAGCGAUGGCUAAAUCUAUUGGAGCAUCGAAAGCGUUUGUUUGGAGGUUCACUUGCCCGAAAUAUGGAACCCCAAACUAUGAUAAGCCCAAAGAAUAAAUCAAGACCACAGGGAACAAUACAUCCUACCAGUAAGAAACUUUUGAAACAAGAGGUAUCCAAAGCUCCUGAAGCCGAAGAAAUUCCAGAAGGUUUUUCCCAGCAGAUCCUUUGCGUGGAGUUUUUUCACAUUUCCGCUGGAUGUGACCUCGUCUCUUUCCUCUGGAAAUGUCUUCAAUUGAAGGUGUUACGCUUGCAUAGUUGCAACCUGACUACUUCAUGUCUGGAGGGCAUCGGUUUACUGAAAAAUUUGGAAGUUCUGGAUUUGAGUAAGAACUGCAUAGACGGCCUGGAAGUUGACCCGCUUGCACUGCCAAAGCUAACAGCACUAGACCUGUCCUGCAACCGUAUAUCCACUCUAACAAGACUGGGAGGACCAUACACUGCUUUAAAAGAGCUGAAUAUGUCCACAAACCUGAUUACUCGUCUAGGUAGGUUGAACAGAGAUCAGCUGCAUUUCACAGCACCACAAUUGUUUCUGCUGGAUAUUUCAAACAACCUCGUUACACAACUUGGUUCAAACAAUCGUGUUGGAGACUUUGUCCUUCCUCUUGGAAGCAUCAUUUUAUCAGGCAAUCAACUUAUGGGACUUGAAGACUUCACGUGCGUGGAUUAUGUGGCGACGCAAAUCGACUUCAGUUCAAACCUCUUGCAAGAGCUUCCUCCCGUUGGAUUUCACGGACCGAUCUUGAAGAAAUUGACACUCGACCAAAACGGCCUGCAAUCGCUUGACUCUCUUGCAGAAAGUUGGCUUCCCAAUCUUGUUGAACUGAGCGCAAAUCGAAACAGCAUUACAACACUUCCUCGUAUCCAUUGUCCGAGGCUGCAAAACUUCCUACUGCAAGAUAAUCGAAUUUCCGACAUCAGCAAUUUGGCAGAAAUGUUCAAUCUUAUGCCAGCAUUGUGCAACCUCGAUCUGAAAAAUAAUCCAUGUACCGUUAUCGCAUCACAUCGAAAGCCUUCACAUUUGGAUGCCCUGAUUUCGAGGUCUAAUAACGAAGGACUACAGUCAGCUGUGGAAAACACCGGGCCUUAUUUGCUAUACGACCACUUACACAUGAACCGCUCGCCACACCAAUAUUCUGAAGAGUCCCAACCUACUGUUCGGAUACAUGUAUCCGACCAUUCAGAUAAAUUUGCCAGUUUAUCUGAAUAUUUUGCAAACCUUGUUUGUAAAACAACUGGUGUCCGAUUACAAAUCGAGCAUUUUGCUCCAACGGCCAACGUGAUUGAAAAUCACCAAAUUCUACUAGUUGACUGUGUCAACAACGUCCUUAAUGACUACAAAAAUCUGAUCCCAGAAGUUUAUUUUUACCACGUCGAACAAACUGGACAGUCAUUGGAUGAAGCACGAGAACAACUAGGUUAUCCCAAUGAGUUUGGUUCAGCAAAUCCUGAUGGCAGUACGAGCUCCGUACUAAUUGAUGAAUCUGAUAGGAAAGCCACAGGGCCCAGAAAGUAA